CCAUAAUCCAUCGGAAUAUCCGGAGCGUCUAUACGUUUCAGGAUGUGUUUCUUUUGGAAACGUCAGCCCGUGACAGAGCUUCGUUUGAGGCCCUUGAGAAACCAAUCGAUUGGUUUUCAUUAACAUCUCAACCUGCAUAGUCCCACACCUCGGCGCUCUCUUUCGCAGGGAAGAACUAUCUCCUCAACCUUGUCUCCCAUCGUCAUCUCCAGAGUAAAGAAUAACCUGAAUUGAAGGGAACAAACACCAUGAUCACGCCCCCCACGAAUUAUUCCAAACCCCCAAAAUGAACAACCGCCUACGCUCCCGCGCAACAGCAGCCACCCCACUGAAAUGGCUAUACCUCUACAUCACCUUCCUAACCGUCACCAUCCUAAGCGCCGCCGCGCAGCAAACCACCGUCAUAGUGGUGACAGUGACCGCCACCGCGCCAACACCCAAGAUCCCCCACCCGGCGUCCUACACCUCCCUCGACGUCUUCGAAAAGGUCAUCCUCAGCACGACGAACACCUACCGCCAAGCCCACAACGCAAGUAACCUCCUCUGGAACAAGACGCUGACCGAAUACGCGAAGAAAUGGGCCGAAGGAUGUAAAUGGGCGCAUUCGCACGGCCCUUACGGCGAGAACCUUGCCUUCGGCUUCCCCAACGCCACCGCCGCCGUCGCCGCCUGGGGCGACGAGGGCCUGAAAUACAACUUCCGCGAUCCGACGGGCUUCACUGAGGAGACUGGGCACUUCACCCAGCUGGUCUGGCGCGCUACGACUGAGGUGGGCUGUGCGGUGGUGGACUGUGGGUUUGAUCCUGAUGAUGAGAAGGGAAGUAGCAGCAGCAAUAAUAACAACAAGAACAAUGGUGGCGGGGGUAAUGGCAAUGGCAAUGGGAAAGGGAACGGGAAUGGCAACGGCAACGGAAAUGGAAACGGCUAUCGGCGACCUCAGGGUUGGUACGUGGUGUGUGAGUAUGCGCCGCGGGGGAAUGUGCUGGGGGGAAACGAGAAGCUGGGCGACAAGGCCUUCUUCAAGAUCAAUGUGCAGUCCACGAGUACGUAUACCGGGCCGUAUCAGACGGGGAAUGGGGGCAGUAAGACUUCGGUGGCGUCGAGUACGUCUGAGGCUGCGCGGUGGAGAUGGAGAUGGGGAUGGGAGUGGGUGGCUGUGGUUGUAAUGGGAGUAUUGAUGUAGCUGUUUAGUGGUUGGUGGUCGAAAAGGGAAUCAGGGUUAAUCAUGUUGCAAUACUUGCUGGUUUCAUCAUUGUCUGUCAUCUCUCAUGCUACCAAACGUCACGCAUAUCAUUUAAUCC